AGUUGAAUUUCCAAUAUGGUAGAGAGGUUGUUGUUGGACUGUGGACUGGUGUCAUGUCCCCGCAGUGCCUGUAGUGGUGCUGUGAGGAGUCUGCUGUGGACUAAUCUAAAAUCCUCAGCAGCUCCCACCUGCUAAUGUUUGCUGUGGAUAAUCUACAUUUACAUGCAUCAGUAUUUUCAAUGAUAUUGUAUUCAGAUAGGAGCAUUAUUAGUUACCUAAAAUAUCGAAUAUCGAUGCACAAAUAGGCGAGCUGGUUGUAAUAGGCACUUCUACUCUAUCAGGAGCGAAUACCUUACACAGCCUAUACAAAUUGAAGCUGAUGUUCUCAAGGACCAGAGUCACGUGAUGUAUGAGGGCAAACACAUCCACUUCUCGGAGGUGGACAAUAAGCCAUUGUGCUCAUACAGCCCAAAGCUCUGCAAGCAGCGCAGACUCAAUGGCUAUGCCUUCUGUAUCCGUCAUGUCCUGGAGGAUAAGACCGCUCCCUUCAAGCAAUGUGAAUAUGUGGCCAAGUACAACAGCCAACGAUGCACCAACCCCAUCCCCAAGUCUGAGGACCGCAGAUACUGUAACAGCCACCUUCAAGUCCUUGGGUUUAUCCCCAAGAAGGAGCGGAAGAAGAAACACGAUGCAUUGGAGGAGAUGCGCUCAAGACCUCACCUGGAGUCAGUGGCUCUUAACAUAACUGUGCCCUCGCUAGCUCUGAAGGCCUCCAAUGGCCUGGACGAGCUGCCACCCUCUCCACCCUGCACCCGUCUGCUACCCCUCCCAGAUGGGGAGCUCCUGGACCCUUUUGCCUUCUACGAGGAGGACACUGAUGGGGAAGAGGGCCCUCCUCGGAAGGGCUCCACCGUCAGGAAGAAACUACACAGUCGACUGGUGCUCAGCCAGAAACUCCAGCUCCCCCAUCACGACAAUGCCCUCCUCCAACCACCUCCAGAGCACUUUAGCCCCUCUCCUCUUACCUGUGUGCACCGCUCUUCGCCCCUCCGUCCUCAUCUUCCCCAUCAGCAGCAGACAGGACUCCUCCAGCCCACCCAGCACUCCACUAUGCCUUCGUUUGUCCUCCCAGGACAGCAGCAGACAGGACUCCUCCAGCCCUCUACCAUGCCCUCGUUUGUCCUCCCUGGACAGCUGCAGACAGGACUCCUCCAGCCCUCUACCAUGCCCUCGUUUGUCCUCCCAGGACAGCAGCAGACAGGACUCCCCCAGCCCUCCACUAUGCCCUCGUUUGUCCUCCCAGGACAGCAGCAGACAGGACUCCCCCAGCCCUCCACCAUGCCCUCGUUUGUCCUCCCUGGACAGCUGCAGACAGGACUCCUCCAGCCCUCCACCAUGCCCUCGUUUGUCCUCCCAGGACAGCUACAGGGUUUAUCAUGUAAGCUAGCUCCACCUCAGAUUCCCGCCUUUCUGCCUGUCGGACUGCCCCCCAACACAGCUCCCAGUCCGUUGCAGUCCUCCUGUGCCCCCCUCGGCAGGAAAGCUCUGUUCACUGCCACGCACUUGCCAUCCAGUAGCUGGGACAGCACUCAGCGUCAUGUGGUGGCCAUGCGCCCGGCUGCCUUCUCACCUCCCCUUGCCUGCAUGGCAAGGUUACAGCAUCUGGUGCAGCUCUGCACCCAAAGACAUCAGGAGCACGGAGACCUCUUCCAUCAUCUAGGGUUGGACUGGUCUGAAGACAGUUCAGAGGAUGAUGAAGUAGAGGCAGAGAGAGUUCCACCCUAUCACAAUGCCUGGAGACUACAGGAAGGACACCUGCAGGAUGUCUCAGAUGAAGAUGCUGGCAGCUCGCGGAGAACGCGGCUGGCUCGGCUGUGCUCAUACCUCCAGGAGAAAUACAAGCACCUGUGCAGGCAGGAGAGGGCUACCAUCCGCCAGAAGAAAUACCACUAUGCCUUCCGCAAAGCCCUGCUGCACGCUGCCAGUAAAGACCCCGACUGUGCUGGCCAGUUGAUUCAGAAGUUGCGCAAGGUCUCCCAGACCUCAAGUGCGCCAGGGCAGCAGGAGACGGGAAUCUGCACUGGAAGCACCAAGGGCCAGGCAUGUAGCAGCCGAGCUCUACCCUUCACCCGACACUGCUUCCAGCACAUUCUGUUGAAUCGCUCCCAGCAGCUCUUCUCCAGUUGCACAGCCAAAUUUGCCGAUGGACAACAGUGCUCCAUUCCUGUGUUUGACAUCACGCAUCAGACACCGCUCUGUGAAGAGCAUGCCAAAAAGAUGGACAAUUUCCUGCGUGGAGACGGUAACCGAAGAGUGCAGCACCACCAGCAGCAGCAGCGAAAGCCGCGUAAGAAGACCAAACCGCCUGCACUCACCAAGAAACACAAGAAGAAGAGGAGGAGAGGGCCGUGGCGGCCCCAGAAGCCCAUCCCGCCGGCGCUGCCCCAGGGGAACCUGGGAAUGCCUUCCUCUUCCAGCCUGACCAUGCCCACCCAGGCCAACAUCAGGAGUCCCUCGACGCCUGAACUGAGCACCGAUGAACUUCCCGAUGACAUCACCAAUGACAUGUCAGACAUUCCAAACGACCUCGAGCUGAACCAGGAGGAUUUCUCGGACGUGUUACCCAGGCUCCCCGAUGACCUUCAGGACUUUGACUUGUUUGAAGGUAAGAAUGGGGAGCUGCUUCCCACCACAGAGGAGGCUGAGGAGCUGGUACGAGCACUGCAGGCUGGGCUGAUGGGCUCCUACCCAGACUCCCUGGUGUGCCUGACCUCCAUGGCGGAGCUGGCGCAGGCAGAUGGAGUGGACCACCGGGCCAUGGCAGCAGUGUUCACUGGGCCAGGGGUCCAGCCGGGGGGGAUGGGGGACCUGCUCAACGGCCGCAUCCCCGUAGGGAACUUCUCUGAGCUGGAGGACAACCUGCUGCACUCUGCUGGUGGCCACUUCUCCCCCUCGGUGUCACCUCAGCAGCCCACUGCCCAGGGCCAGACUCCUCCCUCGGGACCCAGCCUCACCACCUCCACCCGCACAGUCCCCCGGACACACCCGCCCCACAUCUUGGCCAAGCCGGAGGCGCCCACAUCGUCUCCGCAGGGCAGCCAUUACUGCAGCGAGCAUGUAUCAUCCUCCUACAACGACCACAUGUCCUCUCCCCACGCCAACUCCUUUCAGACGGACUCUCCUCUCCUGAUGGAGGUACCAAUUACCCCACGCUCCUCCUGGAACAACCUCCCCCUGCCCCUCACUGACCCCACACAGUUCCGCAACCUCAUCAGACCAGAGGGCCACCUCGUAUCCACCUCUCUGUCCACUCCCCCCUCCUCCCACUCUGUGACCCUACAGCCCAUGGCUGCCCUCUCAGCGUUGCCCCAGAGCGGCUUGACGGGCUUGACUGCGCUCCCCGCCCCCUCGCCACCACACGACCUCUUGAUUUCCACCCUUCCCAAGCAGCAGCUCCCUCAGUUCAGUGCUGCCUUCGGCCACCAGCUGGCCUCCCACAGUGGCAUCCCGAAGGACAGGCAGCCCAGUCACAGCUCCACAGCGCCCCCCACUGGCUUCUCCAUAGCUAGUGCCACCGCUGCAAGUGCCAACAGUGCAACGCCCCCCUUUCCACACAGUAACUAGAGCAAGCCGUGCACAGUACAAUGGCUGUUGGUCAAACCGUGGACUCUAGAAACGUAUUCACCCAGUGUCCAUUCAUUUCCCUUCUGCUUCAAGUGUGCAAUGUGGUAACGGACCUAACGCUUCACUAUUCUAUUGGAAUUUGCACAACCUCAGAUAUUCCUUAACUGUGUAAUGAUUUGGUGGUAAUAUAGCCAGUUGGCCACCUGAAAGGGUCCAGUGGUUUGACGUAAACGCAGCUCCAGAGUUUCGCCAGCAGGGGGCAGAGGUGUGUGGAGGGAGGUGGUUCAGUAGAAACAUCAAAUGUUAUUUGUCACAUGCCUGGUAAACAACAACAGUAGACUAACAGUGAAAUGCUUGCUUACGAGUCCUUUUCCAACAAUGCAGAGUACAAGAUACAAUAGAAAUAGUGACACGAGGAAUACAUGGAUUGAUGUGGGGGAACAUUGGAGGACGGCCCUUAGAAGGAGAGAUUAUUUAUAUCAUAGUGACAACAACAGUGCUAGAGAAAACGGUGACAAAGCGUCAAUCAGUGGUCAAUUAAAAAAAAUAUAUAUAAUAAUAAUAUUGCCAGUUUAGUCGUGUCUAACAUCCAUCAGCAACACUGCCCUGCGUAUUAUUUGGACAGUGAAGCUAAAACUUUUAAUUUGGCUCUAUACUCCAACAUUUUGGAUUUGAGAUUAAAUUAGAAACAAACGCACUUCAUGUAUCUAGUCUCCCAAUUGAAUGUGUCAUAAGUAUUUGGACUAAUUCACUUGUGUAUUAAAGUAGUCAAGUUUAGUAUUUGGUACCAGUUUCCUAGCACACAUCAAGCUUGUGACUCUACAC